AUGGCCAGAGACUUCCGACCCAAGGACAAGAAGGCAAAGGCGCCCGCUGCUGCCGCUCCGCGACCCGCAUCCACCAAGCCAGAGAGCCACCCCAGUGCGACCCAGGCAGAUACCAACAGUCCUGCGGCGACAUCGUCGCAGACCAAGACUGCGCUCAAGAAGCAGAAGAAGCAGCAAAAGGUCCAGUCCGGAGGUUACGACUCAGAGGAGAGCGUUGACGAUGAGACGCUCCUGAGAGAGAUCCAGGGCUUUGGGGGGUCGGCCGAGGACCUCGAACUCGUAAAGAAGGCCAGCAAGGGCAAGGGCAAAGGCGAUGAGGACCUCGAUGCUGCUGGAAUCUCGUCUGAAGUUGCCUCCUUCCUCAAGCAGCUCCAGUCGGAUCCGUCCGCACCCGAGCCGAAGGUCAAGGCCAAGGCUGCUGCCGCCGCCGCCACGCCCAAUGGCGCCGCCAAAGCAAAGGAGACUAAGCAGAAGCAGGACAAAAAGCAGCAGAACAUCGCCUCUACCGACGUUGCAGCUGGAAUCGAGGCUGCCAAGAAGCGCGACGCGGCAGUCUCGAAGGAAAGGCCUCAAAACAAGAAGAAGGCCGAGCAGAGGCAGCCAGAAUUGGCACCGCAGCCGUCUGGACCAAGCUUGGACGAGCCGAAGCAAAAUGGUUUCAAGGGCAAGCGCAUGACGUUCGACGACGACGGCGUCGCCCAGGCUGCGUCAGCUGCGAAGGCGAGCGGCAGUACUUCGCUGCGACUGGAGCCAGCGCCGCAAUGGUACAAGGCCAUUUUGCCGACCCUUCCAUCGACCUCGGCCACGGAGACCAAAAAGAGCUCUGCCGAGCCGUUGACAAACGAGAGGAUCGCCGAACUCCUCGAGCUCGGCACGCAGCUGAUGAACGAGGAGAACCGCGCCUACGAGGAGAUCACCGGCUCCGAGACCGCACUGUCGAGUGCUGGCGGCAGCCUUGGCACCCUCUCGGCCUCUGAUGCUCGCUUCGUUCGCACCCUGCUGUCGUCCGAAGGUGGCGGCACGCUGUCGGACCGCAUCUCGGCGCUGACGCUGCUGGUGCAGAGCAGUCCGGUGCACAACGUGCGGGCGAUGGACUCGAUGCUCAACAUGGCGCGCAAGAAGAGCAGAGAGGAGGCGGGCAAGACCACGCGUGCGCUGGCUGACUGGCUCGCCGGCGGCGGCGGUCUGAGCGAUCGCAAGCUUUUCUACUUCCGCGACCAGCCGCAACUCGCAGCCGCGUCCAAGUCGCUCAGCUCCCCCGACGCAGCGGCCCAGCAGGCGGCGCGGGCACAUCUGCUGCUGUGGGCGUUCGAGGACUACCUCAAGAAGUACUACUUUACCUUCUUGCAGAUCCUCGAGGUGCAGUCGCAGGAUCCCAUCGCGUUCGUGCGCAAGCAGGCGGUGACGCAGAUCUUUGUGCUGCUGAGGGACAAGCCGGAGCAGGAGCAGAAUCUUUUGCGCCUGCUGGUCAACAAGCUCGGAGACUCGGAACGGAGCGUGGCGUCCAAGACGAGCAACCAUCUGCUCGAGCUGCUCGCCGCCCACCCGGCCAUGAAGUUGAUCGUCGUCCGCGAGGUGGCCAACCUGGUCCUCAAGCCGUCCGCCUCCUACACGGACAAGGAUGGCAACGUCACGCACAGCCACAAUGCCCAUGCCCGCUACUAUGGCGUCCUCACGCUCAACCAGACGGUCCUUACCGUGCGCGACGUGGAGACGGCCAACCAGUUGAUCCUUCUCUACUUUGACCUCUUUGAAGGCGUAUUGCGAGAGUCGGAGGCGGCCUCUGGAGGCAGGGAAGAGCAACGACCGGCCGAGGGAGAAGAAGGCGAGGAGCCCAAGAAGAAGGACAAGGGCCGAUGGCGCGACGGCAAGAAGGGCCAGGGCAAAGGCAAGCCGAAGGGCAAGGGCAGGGGCAAGGGCAAGGGCAAGGCCGCCGUCACGGAGCCGAAGGCUGUGGUCGACGCCGACGCCAAGAUGAUGGCCGCCAUCCUCGCCGGUGUUCGUCGAGCCUUUCCCUUUGCCAAGGUGGACGCCGAGGUGUUUGAGAAGCACAUCGCCACCCUCUUCCGCAUCACCCACUCGGGCACCUUCAACAUCUGCAUCCAAGCCCUGCAGCUCAUCUUCCAGCUCACCAUCAGCAACCCUUCGCCGGACUCGGGCGUCUCGCUCAGCACCACGGCCAUCACCGACCGCUUCUACCGCGUCCUGUACGACAGCCUCUUCGACCCGCGCCUCGAGACGUCGAGCAAGCAAGCCAUGUACCUCAACCUCCUCUUCCAGGCGCUCAAGGCCGACCAGGAGCUGGACCGCACGAAGGCUUUCGUCAAGAGGAUCUGCCAGGUCGUCUCGCAGCAUCAACCGCCUUUCAUCUGCGGCUGCCUCUUCCUGCUCGGUCGCCUGUUCCAGCGCCAGCCGGGUCUCCGCACCAUGCUCAACGAUCCCGAAGACGACGACGAGGAGAACUUCAGGGAUGUGGCGGACAGCGACGAGGAGGUCGCGGACGAGGGCGCGCGAGGAGCCAGCGGCAAGGCCGGCGGGUCAGCUGCCAAGCAGGCGGCUUCCAAGGGCUAUGCGGGGCGCAAGCGCGACCCGCGCUUCGCCAACGCGGGCGUCUCCUGCCUGUGGGACGUUGUGCCGCUGCUGCACCACUUCCACCCGUCAGUGGCGCUGCACGCCUCGCAGCUUCUUCAAUCGCAGACGAUCACCUCGACCGCCGACCUGAGCCUCAACACGCUUUCCCACUUCCUGGACCGCUUCGUCUACCGCAACCCCAAAACCAAGGCGGCCAGCCGCGGAGUCAGCAUCAUGCAGCCGGCCGCCGGGACGGCCCAGACGGGUCAGGCCGUCACCCGGUCCCGCGACCACGGCAUGGACGAGGAGAGCUACGUCAACGACGCCAAGUUCUGGAACAGGAGCGCCGAGGCUGUACCCGUCGACCAGCUCUUCUUCCACCAGUUCUUCAAUCUCAAGUCAAAGAAGCCCGACGCCGCAUCCCGCAGGGCUGGCUUCGACGACGACGACGAGGACAACGUUGCUCUGUCCGAUCUCGACGAGGAGACUGCAGGACGCAAGAAGAAGACGAGCAAGAAGGAAGACGCGGGCGCCAACCUCGAGGAAGGACUGCCCUCUUCCGAUGACGAGAGCGAUCCGGAGGAGAGGGAGAUCUGGAAGGCCAUGAAGGCUUCUAUGCCGGGCAAGCAGGACCUGGCGGGCCUGGAUGACAGCGAUGUCGGCGGCGACGCCGAUGACGACGGCGAAGACGAUGAUGACGACGACGACGACGACGAGUUCGACUAUGCCGACAGCGAAGCCGAGCGCGAGAUCAAGGGACUCGUCGAGGCAGCUUCGGAUGCAGGUUCCGGAUCCGACUCCGACGAUGGUCCGCAAGUGCUCGAGGGCAUGGAGUUCUCCGACUCGGACGAAGGCGAGGGUGCCGCCGCGGCAGGCGAUGUCAGCGACGGCGAAGACGUCUUCGAAGAGGACGAAGACGACCUCAUUCCGUUUGCCGAGUUCGAAGGCUCGGACGACGACGACGAGGAGGAUGAGGAUGAGGCGGCCGGAAGGCGGUCCGCAAAAGGCGGCAAGAAGCGUGGCGCCGAUGGCGAGACGUCGAGCUCGAGGCGGAAGAAGAGGAAGGCGCUGCCCAUGUUCGCCAGCGCCGAGGACUACGCGCACAUGCUCGACUCGGACGACGAGGGCCGGCCCUAG